AAAUAAAAAUAAAACCCACAUUUGAUUUUUACAUUCUUCUCGAAUCAAUCAUAUUAUUUCUCAUUUUCAAUUUGAUUUGUUCUUUACAAUCUAUAUAUUUUGAUGAUUUGAUUCCCAUUCUAAAUGGCAUUUCUUCAGUGGAGGCGUUUUAAUUUUUUUGAAAAAGAAAUUUUCAGCGAAUCUAGUGAUCAAUUGGUUGAAUUGGCUAAAUCAUGUCAGAUUACUUGUUCAUCAUCUGGUCAAGGUUACCUAGUUCUUGGUGACAAUCUUGGUCUUGUCAGUUUUGUUACACGACAGCAUUCAAUUUCAUCAUUCACUGCCUAUAAAAUUGCUGUCACACAUUGUGCUAGCAUUAAAACAACCACAACAACCGGAUCAUCAAAAGUUUCACUAAAAUCAAAUUUUUAUCUGAUUACGAUUGGGACCGAUAAUGAAGACUUAAUUCCGAUCCUAAAAAUAUGGGCAAUCAAUGAAAGCUUAAUAUUAGCAGCGAAAACACAAUCAUCGAAUGUUGAACAAGCAACCGAAACUGGCAAUAAUUCAGCAAAUCCUUUGGCCCAAUGUAUUCGUACCUUAAAACUUUGUAGUCAUAAUUCUACCAUAUCACAAUUGUCCGCUUUAAGAGUUCAUUCGAUGGUCACGACUUUAGAUGUGCUUGGCGAUUCAAUGUUGGCUAUAGGUUUCAAUGAUGGACAUUGUUUACUCAUAAAAGGUGAACUGAUACGAGAUCGCGAUCGAAAUCUUCGCAUUAAAUUAUUAGAUGUAUCUGAAAAUGAUUCUGUAACUAAUGUCGCUUUCGCUACAAAUUUGCGGAACAAGCCAUUAAAAUCGGUUCGUGGAACUUCUUCAAGCGAAAAUAUUGUACGACAAUUUGUCACAUUAUUCGUAGCAACACGGAAAAAAAUUUAUUCAUACAAUCUCACGACUGCAGGACGUGAUAAGGAUCUUCUCGAAGAAAAACAUCUGCUUGAUGCUUCGCUUGAUGUUUUUGGUUGUGAAUUCGGAGCCAGUUGUUUGAAAUAUGAUCCGAAAAAACUAGAAUCCAUACAGUUUAUUGUCGGCCAAAAAGAUGCCAUCUACUUUUAUAAUACCGAUGAUCGUGGACCAUGUUUGGCACAUGAAGGUCAGAAGCUAUUUCUCACGUGGUUUCGUAAUUAUUUAGUCGUGAUCACAUUGAAUGAUCAUUCGAAUCUUCUGAAAUUACCAAAAAAAAAUCAAAAAAUGAAUGAGCAAGAAUCAAUCUCGGCAAAUAUUGGUACUUCAUCAAUGUUAUCGAAUCCAAAUCCAAAUCUGAUUACUAUCUAUGAAAUUGAGCAAAAAUUCAUUGCCUAUUCAUGUCCGAUUCCGGCUGUAAGUCAAUUAAUUUCUGAAUGGGGUGAAUUGUAUGCAAUUACUACGGAUGGUCGUGUGGUUAUAUUCAAAGAAUGUGAUAUUCAAACUAAAUUAGAAAUUUUAUUCAAAAAGAAUCAAUUUUCAUUAGCUAUCGAUUUAGCUCGUACACAGACCUAUAGUCAAGAUGUAUUGGCUGAUAUGUUUAAACAAUACGGUGAUCAUCUCUAUCAGAAUGGUGAUUUUGAUGGUGCAAUUAAUCAAUAUUGUCAAACGUUAGGGUACCUCGAACCAUCUUAUGUUAUUAGGAAAUUUCUCGAUCUUCAACGUAUUCAUAAUUUAACUGCUUAUCUACAAGAAAUACAUAAACGAGAUUUAGCUACCGAAGAUCAUACAACAUUAUUAAUUAAUUGUUAUGUUAAAUUAAAAGAUGAAUCAAAAUUGAAUGAAUUUCUUCGCUCAUCCGAUUUGGUUUUUGAUGUCGAAAUCGCAAUUCGUGUAUUGCGUCAAGCUGGCUAUUAUGAUAAUGCAAUUAUGUUAGCACGAAAACAUCGGAAAUAUGAUUCAUACUUUUCCAUUCUAUUAGAAGAUAAAGCCGAUUCUCAUACAGUAUUGGAUUCAUUCACUGAUAUGAUUCGUGAAGGAGAAGAUAAUUAUCCCAUUGUGGGUCGAUAUCUACGAAAAUUCGGUCGAAUGUUGAUGGCAGAUGAACCGGAUAAAAGUACUGAACUUUUAAAGCGAUUAUGUUUAUUUUAUUUGAAGCAAUUUUGUUUACAUCAACAGCGAAAAAACUAUAAACAAAAAACUAAUGAUUCUGAUUCCAAAAGUUUAGAUUUGCUAACAAAUUUGAUUGCCGAUAAUGAUGAAAAACAGGUUGAAAUCGAACAAAAUCGACCCGAAAAAUACCUUCAUAUCUUUCUUAAUAAUUAUUCAAAAAUGAUUGAAUUUCUAGAAUAUAUUUUGAAUGAAUGGAAAAAACUUCAGAACCCAGAUUCUUCAACAGAAGUUCCAAUCGAAAUUAGUAAUACAUUGUUGGAAAUGUACAUGCAUUCUUACAAAAAUGAAAUUCAAGAAGAUGGACUUGCUGAAAAUCGCGACAAAAUCAUGUCUUUCUUACAGGACCCUGAUUCUAAUUAUGAUAUAAAAAAGGCGAUGAUUUUAUGCCAGAUGUCUAAUUUUAUACCAGGCGUUUUAUUUUUAUAUGAAAAAUCCAGAAUGUAUAAACAAAUUCUCUCACAUUUCAUUCAACGCAAAGAUAGCCAAAGUGUAAUGCAGACAUGCCAAAAAUAUGCAGACCAAGAAUGUCCGCAACUGUGGGUUGAUUCGUUACAAUAUUUUGCCGAAAUCUUUACUCUCGAACAAAAGGACAAUAUUGAAACAAUCCUUGAAAAAAUCGAAUUACAUCAAUUAUUACCACCGUUGAUGGUGGUCGAAAUUUUAUCAAAACCAGGUAAAGUUACACUAGGAGUUUGUCGCGAAUAUCUUAUGCAAUGGAUCAAAACACAACAAGAACAAAUUGAUGAAAAUGAACGAUUAAUUGUUGAACAUCGUGAAGAAUAUGAACGUACUCGUAAACAUAUUGAUGAUAUUCAAAAUAAACCAAAAGUAUUUCAGGCAACUAAAUGUACGGCUUGUUCACAUUUGUUGGAAUUACCAUCCGUACAUUUUAUGUGCAAUCAUUCAUUUCAUUUAACUUGUUUUGAAAGUUAUAUUACUGAUAAUGACCAAGAAUGCCCCAGUUGUCUACAAGAAAACAGGUAA